GAUUGCCAAUGGUACAAGAGGACGGGCAAGACCUGGUUCCCUGUGAAGAACACGAGGAGCCUGCUGACCUUCACGGACCAUUCGAGCCAUAAGGCUCUCACCAUGUUCGAGCAUGUGCACGAGAAGAAGAUCGUGCUGAAGAUGAGGACCGACGUCGGCUGGAAGGAGACCAUGGUGCUCAACACCGUGUGCAAGCCCAGCGGCAUCAACAUGCGCAUCUCCAUGCCGGAUAUGGGUGAGAGCCGCUUCCUGGAGGGCCAGAUCCAGGUUGGCAACGGAGAGGAGCAAAAGAAGUUCGUGAGGAAGCAGAGUUGGACAGCCCUUGGUGGGAGCGGCCCCACCGAGAGCUUCAUCCAACAGCUCGAGUCGAGGACCUCAAAGAGGCCAGCUUUGUUGCAGCAGCAAGCUUGCGGGCAGGCCGAGAAGGCCAAGGCAGAGGAGCUUUGUGCUAAGCACCUGGGGGCUGACAUGCGCACGGCCGUCGGCAAUGAUGCCGGCAUCUUCAGCGACUGCGUCACCGAUGUCUGCAGAGGGGGUGAGGAGUUCGCUGUCGCCGCGAAGGAGCUGCUGGCGGCAUACAAUGACUGGACUGACUAG